GGGGAGACACACACACACACACACACACACACACACACACACACACACACACACACACACACACACACACACACACACACACACACACACACACACACACACACACACACACACACACACACACACACACACACACGCACACACACACACAAAAACCAACAGACACGUGGAGCGGAGGAGAAGGGAGAGUAGGGGGAGGGCCAGACCGCAGGUUGGCAGCAGCGAUAUUCCAUUGGCUGUUCCGGAGUCAGAUCUUUAUUUAAGUCUCCGUCAGCCGGUGGAGCUGCAGUCACACCGAAGCCCCCCUGGACCCGUCACACGUCACACACACACCGAUACCUUGAGGUCGAGCUCUUCACAAGGAGAGCCGUUUUUUCAGAGAGCAGUUCAUCGACGUCCCGGUGGGGAGAUCGAACAGGAGUCACGGUUCGCGGCGCGCGGCCCGAUGUCGCCCUGCGCGAGACGGAGAAACCACGGCAUCGUGUGGAGAAUCAACCGGAACCCCGCUGCGCAUAAGGAGAGGAACCCCGCCGCUUUUGGAACGUGGACUUAAACUGACGCGCGUGAAGGCUGUUAAAAAGAUUGGCGCGCGGAAGAAGAGUGGACCCCCCCCCUCACUUUCACCUCUGACCGGAUAUCAUUACUCCACCUGAGAUGGAGGUCUCGAGCGAGCAGCAGCGGUGGCUGCACCACCACGCCGUCCUGAACGGACAGCACUCGGACCACCACCACCCGGGCCUCGCGCACGGCGGCUACCUGGAGCCCGCAGCGCCGCUGCUGCCGCCCGACGAGGUGGACGUGUUCUUCAACCACCUGGACGCCGGCGGGAACCCCUACUACCACCCCGCGGCUCGGGCCCGGGCCUCCUACGGCCAGGCGCACGCCCGCCUGGCCGGGCCGCAGGUCCACCGGCCGCACCUCCUCCACAGCCCCGCCGGGAUGUCGUGGCUGGACGGCGGCAAGGCGGCGGCGCUGUCCGCCCACCACCACCCCGCCUGGGCGGCUCUGCACCCCCCAGGGCCAGGGUCACCGGGGGGCCUCUCCGCCGUCUAUCCCUGCAGCAACCCCACCCCCGUCCCGGCCUCCGCCAUGACCCCCACCCCCCACUCCGGCUCCCACCUAUACGCCUUCCCCCCCACCCCCCCGAAGGACGUGUCCCCGGACCCGGGCUCCGCGUCCCCGGACCAGAAGGACUCCAUCAAGUACCACGUGUCGGACGUGCUGAAGAUGGAGGGCUCGAGCCCCCUUCGGAGCGGCCACCAGUCCCUCCACCCCCUACCGUCCUACCCCUCCUACGGCCUCCCGUCGGAGUACGGCGGGGGUCUGUUCCACCCGGGGGGUCUGCUGGGGGGGUCCCAGUCCGGGUACAACCCCAAGUGCAAAUCUAAACCCCGCUCCUGCUCCGAGGGCCGUGAGUGUGUGAACUGCGGGGCCACGUCUACCCCGCUGUGGCGCCGCGACGGGACGGGGCACUACCUGUGCAACGCGUGCGGCCUGUACCACAAGAUGAACGGCCAGAACCGGCCGCUCAUCAAGCCCAAGAGACGCCUGUCUGCCGCCCGGCGAGCUGGCACCUGCUGCGCCAACUGCCAGACGACGACCACCACACUGUGGCGGCGUAACGCCAACGGUGACCCCGUGUGCAACGCCUGUGGCCUGUACUACAAGCUGCACAACGUGAACCGGCCCCUCACCAUGAAGAAGGAGGGGAUUCAGACCCGCAACCGGAAGAUGUCCAACAAGUCCAAGAAGAGCAAGCGCUGCAGCGAGAGCUACGAGGAGUACAAGAGCCCCCCCUUCAGCGGGCACAUGUCCCUGGGACACCUCCCCCCCUUCAGCCACGCCGGACACAUGCUGCCCACCCCCACCCCCAUACACCCCUCCUACGGCCACCCGCACCACCCGCACCACGGCAACAUGGUGGCGGCCAUGUGCUGAGCCUCACCCCGAUGCAUCAUGGGUAACUGGCGACGGAGGUGACGGACUCAGAAGGCUGACGGACCUUCAGUACCUCCAGGGCCAGAGGGGACCUCUGGGGAUCACUGUGUACCAUGUCCACCGAACUCUGGGUGGGCUGGGCAGAGCUGGGUGGAGCUGGGUGGAGCUGGGUGGAGCUGGGUGGAGCUGGGUGGAGCUGGGUGGAGCUAGGUGGAGCUGGGUGGAGCUGGGUGGAGCUGGGUGGAGCUAGGCAGAGCUGGGUGGAGCUAGGCGGAGCUAGGUGGAGCUAGCAUCAAAGGGGGAGGCAGGAAGCUUUGGUCCACCCUGACGUUGUGGUACCAGGGGAGUCGUGGUACCCUUUGCUUCCCAGAGCGGCUUAGUGUACCUUAAGGAUGUAGGGACCCUACACCCUCAAGGUACAGAGGCUCUCUGCAGGUACAUUUGUAGUUACUGUGAAUAUUGUACAUUCUUUAGAUGAACUAGAAGGGGUGGAGGACACCACUGAACGGGGCUCCUCUGAACCCUUUCAACACCUGUGCUGGAUUUCUGCUCAUGGACUAUUUUAAAGGAAUUUGGAGAAAACACAAACAAGAAAGAAGCAAGCUUCCCUUUUUCUAAGUCUUGAUCCGAGGCUGUUUAUUGUAAUUAUUGUUCUUAUUAUAGUUUUUGUUCUUAUUGUUAUUCAGAUAAUUUAUUUUCACUCCCCCCUUUCUUCUACGACCGCCCCUUAAACAAAGACCCCACGUGUGAAGAUAUAUAUUUAUAAGCUGAAGCUACGACGACCAUCAUUUAUACUCACAUAACAGAUCACCUUGUCUCUCCUCCCUCCAUGUGUACGAGGUGUGAGAGAGAGAGAGAGAGGCCCCCCCUGGCCCCUGGACCCCCUGCAGGGUGGGCGAGGGGGGGUCAGGGGGUCACACAGGGUAACGCCCCCCCAAUGUCACCCUGUCCCACGCCAAACCAACAGGAAGUGCCAUAUUGAAUCGGGGACUCUGUUUCCCGUCUCCAGACGACAACUCGGGCCCAAAGCUGUUUUUACUUGUAUUCAUAACAGUGCAGAGGAACGGCCAAUUGAAAGGUGUACUCAUAUUUAUUAUAUAAGACUCAUUAUAUGUUUUUUAUCAUGUUGUCUGCGAGCUGUCUGGGUUAUGGAUUAUGGGUUAUUGGUGACUUUAAUCCGAGUUUAGGGGCGGUGCUCAUCACCCAAUGCACCCUCAAGCCAAACACUCUCUCUCGGUGCCUCUACGAUCUAUCUAUAUAUAUAUAGACCUAUAUAUAUAUAUAUAGCGUCCGGAUGCUUGCUUUGUAACGUGUUGAGUGGAGAGACAGGUGCUGCUACAUAAUGCAUCAUGUUGAUAAUAAAGAAUCAAUUUAAAUCAAA